UACAGCCCGAAUAUCAAAACUUUCAUCUCUAUAUCUUUACCUUGACUGCUUCUCUUCUUCUGCAAGAAACCAGAAAAAAAGAACAAAAAAGAGAUUAGGGAUGGGUUUCUUAGAGUUAUUGGAGGUGGCUUCAAUGCCAAUCGUUCAAGUUCUUCUUAUCAGCGUCCUUGGCGCUUUCUUGGCAACCGAUUACUGCUCUCUUCUCUCUGCUGACACCCGAAGAUCCGUGAACAAGCUCGUCUUCGUGGUCUUCACCCCCUGCAUCAUGUUUGCCAACCUUGCCCAGACUGUCACAUUGCAGGACAUUAUUUCAUGGUGGUUUAUGCCCAUAAAUGUUGGAAUCACCUUUCUAGUAGGAGGCAUUCUUGGAUGGUUAGUGGUCAAGCUGCUGAACCCCAAACCUCAACUUCAUGGCCUCAUAAUUGCUACUUGUGCCUCAGGCAAUAUGGGAAACCUUAUGCUUAUUCUGGUCCCCGCCAUCUGUGACGAGGAAGGCAGUCCUUUUGGGAAUCGGAGUGUCUGCAGAUCCAUCGGGCUCUCCUACGCAUCUUUCUCUAUGGCCCUCGGGGGUUUCUACAUAUGGACGUACAGUUACCAACUGGUAAGAAGCUCUGCUACACAGUUUAGAGCUCUUGAAGCCGCUGGGUUGGUCAAGUCUCCCAACAAGGACAUCGACUCUGAUCCCCACACUCUUCUCCUCAAGCCGAACCAAAACCAAGACCUUGAGAUCCAAGGCAAACAAAAGGUGUCUACCGGGACUUACAUCAAGGACUUGCUCCAUCAGAUUCUUGAGGAACUCUUCGCACCACCCACCAUUGGUGCCAUUCUUGGCUUCGUUUUCGGAGCAACAAAUUGGCUAAGGAAUCUUAUAAUCGGGGAGAAUGCCCCGUUGCGAGUGAUCCAAGACUCAGUAAAGCUACUUGGGGACGGCACAAUUCCUUGCAUAACACUCAUACUGGGGGGCAACCUGAUUCAGGGUCUGCGUUCCUCAGCCGUGAAGACAUCAGUGAUUGUGGGAGUGAUCUGUGUGCGCUAUAUCAUCCUCCCCGUGGUGGGAGUCGGAGUGGUCCAAUUAGCAGGAAAUCUAGGCUAUCUUCCUCCAGACCCUCUCUUCCGAUACGUUCUCAUGCUUCAGUUCGCACUGCCGCCUGCCAUGAAUAUCAGCACAAUGGCACAGCUGUUCGACGUGGCUCAAGAUGAGUGCUCGGUCAUCUUCUUGUGGACCUACCUGGUUGCAUCCUUAGCCCUCACCAUCUGCAUGAGGUACGAUCAGGAAGCGGGAUCGUCCUCCCUGUCGCUGCCUUCGGGAUCAUCCUCCCAUUCGCUGCCGCCGACGGAAGACACUCCUCUUUUGGGGCCUCGAACAUUGUCGUCGCACCCAAAAACCUUUGCAAAUGUCUUCAUCGCCAUCGUCGGCGCCGGCGUGCUCGGACUUCCGUACACCUUCAAGAAGACUGGAUGGCUCUUGGGCCUCCUCACUCUCCUCUUCGUAUCCUCCCUCACCUUCUUCUGUAUGAUGCUCCUCGUCCACACCCGCCGGAAACUCGAGUCCCUCUCCGGCUUCAACAGCAUCACUUCUUUUGGAGACCUCGGCGAAUCUGUCUGCGGACCUGCCGGCCGUCUCGUCGUAGAUGUAAUGCUUGUCCUUUCCCAAUCUGGCUUCUGCGUCAGUUAUCUAAUCUUCGUCGCCACCACAAUGGCUAAUCUCCUCAGCCGCGGCACCGAACAUAUUCUAGGCCUCGAUCCUGCUUCGAUUUACCUCUGGGGAUGUUUCCCUUUUCAGCUGGGUCUCAACUCCAUCCCAUCGCUCACCCAUCUCGCCCCUUUGAGUAUAUUCGCCGAUAUCGUGGACGUAGCGGCCACCAUAGUGGUUAUGGUGCAGGAUGUUUUCAUCUUCCUGAAACGAAGACCUCCCUUGAGAGUCUUUGGAGGUGUCUCUGUUUUCUUCUACGGAUUGGGAGUUGCUGUGUACGCAUUUGAAGGGAUCGGAAUGGUUCUGCCACUGGAACUAGAGGCCAAAUACAAAAAUAAGUUCGGUAGAGCGCUGGGGCUAGCCAUGGGCUUAAUCUCGAUCAUGUACGGUGCGUUCGGCCUGCUAGGGUACAUGGCUUACGGAGAGGAGACCAGAGACAUCAUCACCACCAACCUGGGGACAGGAGUGGUGAGCACUCUGGUGCAGCUGGGCCUAGCAAUCAACCUCUUCUUCACAUUCCCCCUUAUGAUGCACCCCGUCUACGAGGUCGUGGAACGCCGCCUUUGCAGCUCCCGCUACUCCAUAUGGGUGCGCUGGGCCACUGUGCUGGUGGUCACUCUCGUGGCCCUGCUCGUCCCUAAUUUUGCAGACUUCUUAUCUCUGGUGGGGAGCAGCGUCUGCGUGGUGCUGGGCUUUGUCUUGCCAUCACUUUUUCACUUGCAGGCUUUCAAAAACGAGUUGAGCAUCACAAGGAUAGUUAUAGACGUUUUCGUUUUCCUCAUUGGUGUUAUUAUAGCCAUUACCGGGACUUGGACGGCCGUACACGAGAUCCUGACAUCCAAGGCCUGAUAUUCUUCCAUUGUUUAUUUUUGUCAGUAUGAAAAGAGAAGCAUAGUUACCUACAGCGAACACGGCAGCAUUAUUGUUAUUCUGUUACUCUCCUCACUUGUUUAUUUGAGUCUUGUUACUCUAUUUGUAAGAAAGACCCAUGAAAACCAAUAAGAAAAUACGCUUAGAAUC